GUGGGCGGAGCGGUCCGUAGUGCUGCGCGGAGCCCGGGACGCGGAGCCAUGAGGCUGUCUCCGCGGACUCUGUGCGCCGCCGGGCGGGCGGCCUGGCGGGAGAGCUUCCCUCUGGAAGGUCGCGACGUGGCGCGCUGGUUUCCGGGCCACAUGGCAAAGGGGCUGAAGAAGAUGCAGAGCAGCCUGAGGCUGGUGGACUGCACCAUCGAGGUGCAUGACGCCCGGAUCCCACUUUCAGGCCGAAACCCUCUGUUUCAGGAAACCCUUGGGCUUAAGCCUCACUUGCUUGUCCUCAACAAAAUGGACCUUGCAGAUCUGAAGGAGCAGCAGAAAAUUAUACAACACUUAGAAAGAGAAGGCCUAAAACAUGUUGUUUUUACCAACUGUGUGAAGGAUGAAAAUGUCAAGCAGAUCAUCCCGAUGGUCACGGAGCUGGUUGGGAGCAGCCACCGCUAUCACCGAGGAGAGCACGUGGAGUACUGCAUCAUGGUGAUCGGGGUCCCCAACGUGGGCAAGUCCUCACUUAUCAACUCCCUGCGGAGGCAGCACCUCAGGAAAGGAAAAGCCACCAGGGUGGGUGGCGAGCCUGGGAUCACCAGAGCUGUGAUGUCCAGGAUUCAGGUGUGUGAGCGGCCGCUGAUGUUCCUGCUCGACACCCCCGGGGUGCUGGCUCCUCGGAUUCCAAGCGUGGAGACAGGCCUGAAGCUGGCCCUGUGCGGAACCGUACUAGACCACCUCGUGGGCGAGGAGACCCUGGCUGACUACCUUCUCUACACUCUCAACAGGCACCAGCUCUUGGGGUACGUGCAGCACUACGGCCUGGGCGAGGCCUGUGAUGACAUCGCCAGCGUGCUAAAGCGGGUGGCGGUGAAGCUGAGGAAGACCCAGAAGGUGAAGGUGCUGACAGGCACAGGGGACGUGAACAUCAUCCAGCCCGACUACCCUGCAGCUGCCCGAGACUUCCUGCGGGCCUUCCGCAGCGGGCUGCUGGGCCCUGUGAUGCUGGACCGCGACCUCCUGCAGGGCCGCCCCGCAGAGGAGCCGUGAACUGGUCUGGCGGGAGGGCCUGGCCCCUGCCCUCGGCUCCGCGGCUGGGGUUGGACUCCCAGAGUCCCCACGCUGGUCACCACACUGGGUCUCUGUUCCAGGAAGGAGGCCGAGCCCUCCUGCCCCACAGCCAGCCCCUGGUCCCAAGGGACAGGCCUGGGUGCGGAUGUCAGGGCGGUGGGCGUCCCGUGUGCCUGGCCCGGGGAGGGGACACUCACUCAUGUUGUGUCUCUCAGCUCCUCUCCUAAGGAGAAGCUGGUGUUUUCUCAGAAGGAGUUGAAACCAUCAUCUGUAAUUUUAAGAUUUUAAAUUAAAAGUCCCGUCUCUGA